CCUCAACCACCCGAGAAUCUUUCCUUCUAUAUCCCCAUAACCGACAUGUCUGACCACGAGCAGGAUUUCUCUGGCGCCUCCGCCGGUGCCUCCCUCACCUACCCCAUGCAGUGUUCCGCUCUCCGCAAGAACGGUCACGUCGUCAUCAAGGGUCGUCCUUGCAAGAUCGUCGACAUGUCCACCUCCAAGACCGGUAAGCACGGUCACGCCAAGGUCCACUUGGUCGCCAUUGACAUCUUCACUGGCAAGAAGCUCGAGGAUCUCUCUCCCUCUACCCACAACAUGGAUGUCCCCAACGUCAACCGUACUGAGUUCCAGCUCCUCGACAUUGACGACGGCUUCCUUAACUUGAUGACUACUGAGGGUGACACCAAGGACGAUGUCCGUGUUCCUGACGGCGAGCUCGGCUCCAAGAUUCAGGCCGACUUCGAUGAUGGCAAGGAGCUUUUGGUUACCAUCAUCUCUGCUAUGGGUGAGGAGGCUGCUAUCUCCUUCAAGGAGGCUCCUAAGGGAUCUUCUUAA